AUGGCAUCUGAAGCCGAUAAGACCAACCCUGAGCUGCUCGCUGCCGCCGAUGCGCCCGUCGAAAACGGAAACUCUGACGCUCCAGAGACGACAAACGGUGGAAACCCAGAUGGUGCCGGUGCCGCGGAAGCAACGGGAGACGCAGUUGCAGCAGAAGCAGCAACAGCCGAUGCUGCUGCAGGUGGAGAGGAAGGAGGAGAAGGAGCAAGAGGAGAGGAUGGUGUUGGUGGUGGUGAGGGAGCGAAGAAGGCGGGAGAGGAGGGCAAGGAAGGGACGGCGAGCGAGGUGCAGGCGAAUUUAGAGAAGAAGAAGGCGCGCGCGGAGCGGUUCGGGACGGAGCUGACGAUCAGCGAGGCGGAGAAGCGUCGGCUGCGGGCUGAACGGUUCGGCUCUUCGGACCCCGCGCCUGCGCCGGCGGCGGAGGACGCCAAGAAGGCGGCGCGAGCCGCCAAGUUCGGAACCAAAGCGGAUAAGGACGCCGGGAAUGGCGCGAGUGGUGGUGGGGGCAGCGCGGACAAGGCUGCGGAGGAGGCGAGGAAGAAGGCCCGCGCUGAACGGUUCGGUGCGACUCAGCCCUCCACGCUGAGUGCGGAGGAGGCGGCCAAGCGGGAGGCGCGAGCCAAGAAGUUCGGCACAGUGGGAGAUGGUGCCACAGCUUCAGGAGGGGAUAAGAAGAGAGACACGUCUGCCAACCCUGCCGACAGCGAGCUCGAGGCUAAGAAGAAGGCUCGGGCGGAGAGGUUCGGCGCACCCGCGCCUGCCGCGGCUGCUGUGGAGGCUACCAAGGAUGAGGGCGGCGCUGUUGCGGACAGCAGCAGCUAA